AUAAGCCGGCAGCGGCCGUACCAUUUGACGAGUAAACGUCCAUCUGGCCUCAAUUCAGCAAUUCACAACAGUUAUCACAAAAAGUCCCCCCCCCCCCCACAUGGAAAUAUAGCACUCGUCGCCGGCAGAAACUGAUCAGAUCCGGCACGAUGUUACAUUAUCUUGUCUUCUUCGUAUUCUUAUUGUUCUCCCCCUGUUUCGCUCUCGAUUUCUUGUUCAAUUCCUUCAAUUCCACCGAUCUUCUUUUGCUAAAUGACACCCGAAUUGAGUCGUCCGUCGUCCGAUUAACCAAUGACUCCAACGAGUUUUCCGUCGGGAGAGCCUUCUAUCCUGUCCGACUCCCUAUGAGAGCCACUAACACCAGCACCACUAUCUCUUCGUUCUCGACUUCUUUCGUCUUUUCGAUCCUCCCCCAGAUCACUUCAAGUCCCGGCUUUGGCCUCGCAUUCGUACUCUCCAAUUCCACCACACCUAAGGACGCCCUAUCCGGCCAAUAUUUCGGCCUUUUCUCCAAUGCCACCACCCCUUCUGUUGCUCCACUCUUAGCCGUCGAAUUUGAUACCGGUCAGAACCCAGAAUUCAACGACCUAGAUGGGAAUCACGUUGGAAUCGACCUUAACAAUAUCGAAUCAGCCGUGACCCAUACCGCCGGGUACUAUAAUUCCACUGGCGGAUUCGUCGAUUUGGAUAUGCGUAAUGGCCAGAAUGUCCACGCUUGGAUCGAAUUCGACGGGACUCAGUUUGAAAUCAACGUUACAAUAGCUCCAAUAGGUGUAUCUCGACCAUCAAAGCCUCUGCUGACAUACAAGAAUGCCGCAAUCGCAAACUAUGUAUCAGCCGAUAUGUAUGUUGGGUUUUCUGCUUCGAAAGUCACUUGGGUAGAAGCGCAAAGGGUUCUAGCUUGGAGCUUAAGCGACACUGGAAUUGCCAGGAAUAUAAACACCACUAAUUUGCCUAUUUUCCUGCCCGAAUCCUCUUCGUCGUCUUCCCUUUCCGCUGGAGUUAUAGCCGGCAUUUCAAUCGCCUCUGUUGUUUUUGUGGUCAUAUGUUUAUCUGGGCUUUACUGGUUUUGGCAAAAGAAGAAGAGGAUUGAGGAAGAAGAAGAUGAGAUAGAAGAUUGGGAGCUUGAGUACUGGCCACACCGUUUUCCAUACGAAGAUCUCAGGGAAGCCACAAAGGGGUUCUCGGACAAUGAGCUUCUUGGAUCGGGUGGAUUUGGCAGAGUGUACAAGGGGACUCUUGCCAACGGCACCGAAGUGGCAGUGAAAUGCGUCAACCACGAUUCGAAACAAGGGUUGAGAGAAUUCAUGGCGGAGAUCUCCAGUAUGGGUAGGCUCCAACACAAGAACCUGGUCCAAAUGAGAGGGUGGUGCAGGAAAGGCAACGAAUUGAUGCUGGUAUAUGAUUAUAUGCCCAACGGCAGUCUUAAUCGUUGGAUCUUCGACAAGCCGAAGCAGGUGAUGGGGUGGGAGGGACGGCGCAGGGUGCUGGCGGAUGUAGCGGAGGGCUUGAACUAUCUGCACCACGGAUGGGACCAGGUGGUGCUCCACAGGGACAUCAAGUCCAGCAACGUAUUACUGGAUUCAGAAAUGAGAGGUCGGUUGGGUGACUUUGGACUGGCGAAGCUGUACCAGCACGGGCAAGCGGCAAAGACAACUAGAGUGGUAGGUACGCUGGGGUACCUUGCGCCGGAGCUGGCGAACGUGGUAGCACCGACGGCGGCAAGCGACGUUUACAGUUUUGGAGUGAUGGUGCUGGAGGUGGUGUGCGGCCGAAAGCCGAUAGAGACGUGGUCGGAGGACGACCCACUGUUGAUUGAUUGGGUAAGGGAACUUUAUGCGGAAGGAAAGCUUCAUGAAGCGGGGGAUUCAAGGAUUGCUGGAGAGUAUAAGGUAGAGGACAUGGAGAGAAUGCUGAAGAUUGGGCUGGCCUGUUGCCAUCCGGAACCACAGCAUCGGCCGACAGUGAAGGAGGUUGUGGCGAUGCUGUUAGGCGAGGAGGCGUCAGCCGUACCUGGCAGUUUAUUAUCGGAGUUGACACGAGGCGUAGAUGAUGGUGGUAGCGGCGAGGCGUCGGCGCCAGCGCCACCACCACCACCACCACCAUCUCCUCCGGCAUGAUUAUGCAUUCCUUUUUUAUUAUUAUUAUUAUCAUUUUAUUGUUUAUCUUUCAGGGGGUGGAAAGUGGAAACUAUUUUUCUUUAUCUGUAUCUGAAAGUCGAAUUGGGUGAAUAGUGAAUAGUGACGAAUGGGGAGGAGAGAGAUGUGAGAUGAUACAAAUACAAAUUAGUGAAUUACAAACAGCAGAAGCAGAAAAUCACGGUAAAGCAAGUAAUUACACAACACGUACCGUCAAGGCGUCAACAUGGAAUCGCGCUCCCUCCAAAGUCCAAAGUCCACGGCUCCACGCUGCUGCUUCUGUAUUCAGCUCUCGGUGAAGUGAAGGUUGAGAGUUUACUUGGAACAAGAUCCAAGCCGUUGAGUUUAAGGUGAUAAUGAUCCAACAACAUUUCAGUCGUUGGGCCUGGUCUGGGAAAGGACUAAGGUAAGGAGGUGGCCGACUAAUUUGACCAGAGACCGAAGAAAUAGAAAAAUGAGUGAGCGGUUUGUGAACAAGCAUUAUGUCAUUUUAAUAUCACAAUUCACAACAACUCUCUGCUAUCUCUAUAGUUAAAUCGGAUCAAAACAAGGAGAUAGAAAGAUAAAGUCAUAGUUCCGUGUUGGUUUUAAUCAA